CCUCGUAUUAGGGCAAUGCCAAAGGCGCGCGGAAGCGAGGGAACGCUCGGAGGCGCCAGGCGGUGACUGCGGCGCACGAUCGCUGCUCAGGGUAGGCCAGGGUAGGAUCGAUAGAUGAGAUCGCUUCGGCAAUAGCUGGGGCGGCGCUUGAGAUUUUCUCGCAGCAGCGAUGGCAACGCAUGGGCCGGAGGCUUUGUUUGGUGGAUUCCGUGGAGCUGACGGCUCCAGGCUCAGGAGAAUGAUGGAUUCUUCUUCGUCACAGCGGCCUGUUCGUCCUCUCAGGAAGAGAGGCAUAAGAGUGGUGGUGCUUGACGAGGAUAAGAAUGCUGGACGGGAGAAAUUUGCUUGCUCGGAUGAGGAGGAAGACGACGAUUGUAAAAUCACUGGCUGUUGGUUGCCUCCAAAGAGGCGCCAGUCGAAGAGAGUCGGCGCCAAGAGGCCUGUGAAGUGGAACUCGGCUGUAAGUGACCACACUGCUACUACCACUACUACUACUACUACUACUGUCGAUCUCUCAGACUGUGAGGUGGAAAUCGGUGCUCACAGUGACAUACGCAAGCGGUGGGAAGAAGCCGCCGAGAAGAGAAAGAGGUAUCAGUCUUUCCCGAAGGCAGGGAAAGCUGGCGAUGGCGUUAGCGGUGCUCCAAGCGAGAGAAAGCACUCGUCAGGGGACGAGAGCGCAUCAACUUCAAGGUGGAACAUCAAUGAGUCGGAUGAUGUUCACGUCCAGUCGAUGUUUCACGAUCAGGUGGAACCGGAAGUUGUGUUUAAGGAGCACAGACAUACGAAGAAACAAGGCGCUGCCAAUGGAACGUCUGGGGUGUACCAGGCGAAGGGAGAGCCAAGUAGCGGCAAUAAGAAUUUAUUCAGCAGGGAGUUCAAGGAAGAAUUAAGGAGGUGCCAGAGCCCGUUCUCCAAUGGAUUUGGAGACACGAGGAGAACACCGCCAUUGAAGAAGGAUCAUGGAACCAAUAGCGAGACAGCUACACAGAGCCUGGCCGAGAAUUGUACACCCUCAAGUGAUAUCGUGACGGACAAAUGUGGAGCGUCGGAGUUUAUUGCCGAUCGCGAGAAAGUCAAGGAGUCUGACGAGUUCAAGAAGGCUGACGAGGAGGAGUGGCAACGUCGGCAGGAAGAGCUUCAAAAACAGGCACAAGAGGCCCAGAGGCUCAAGAAAAGAAAGAAAGCAGAGGCCGAGCGACAGCUAGCAAUGGAAAGCAGGCAAAAACAACGAGUAGAACAGAUUCGCGAGAAUCAAAUACAGGAAAUGAAGAACAAUGGAAUCAAGGAGUUGAUGCGCGGACAAAUUCAGAGCGAGCUGGAGCGAAAAGUUGCUGGCUGCCUGGACAUGGCCACGGUUCUACAUCGUCUUGGGAUCGCUGUGGAGGGAGGGGUUCAAUGUACUCCAGAACAGGUGAAUGCCGCAUACAAAAAGGCUAUCUUACGGUUCCAUCCCGAUCGAGCCGCCGCCACCGCGAACAAUGAUCCUCGGCGACAGGUCGAGGCCGAAGAGACAUUCAAGCUCAUCACAAAGAUGAAAACAUCCCUACAGCUCGUUCCUGCUUCCCUCAAGCCGCGCUCGGCUCGCAAGUGAUAGGUCCGGGUAAACAGUGGCUAACACAUAUAUACAAAACUUUUUUCUUCCAGUUGGAGUGUCUUUGGCCUACUUGCGCAGCUUGUCAUUGUCUUUGUCAGCUGGCUUUGAGUGUCAAAGAUUCGUGGCUGGAUCCAGCUUUACUAGAUUAAAAGGGAAGUGGGGGUGGUAAGAAAGAUCUUUGAGCUCUAAGAGUUUAUUUUUUUCCAGGCCUCAAAUAUCUAUGCAAUCUAUGACUUUGUCCAUAUGGGCUGACCUGCUGUUUUUGUUGUGUGCGAGUAAAGGUGGAGAGGCCGGGUUGGACUCCCUGUACGCUACUGGAAAAUUUCCAACCUGAGCGAGCUACAGAGGCAGCAGCGAGCAGCAGUAGGAAGGUGAACGGGAACGAACGAACGAACGAAUGAACGAACGCUGCUCCCGUUUGGGGAAUCGCGUUAAUGCUGCUGCUGCGGACGGGGGGGGGGGGACGACUCGUGAUCUCUCGCUCUCGCUCGCUCGCUGUCAAGGAGGAAGGUUAGUUGGUUAGUGUCACUCACGAGAUACAAUGUGAUAUAUUGCUGUUGGAAAGCUUCCACUUUCACACAUCACCUCAUAAGUUCGUAUCCAUCCAUUUCCAUCCAAGCAUGCAAUCUUGGGCCAAUAAAUUUAUAAAUCGCUAA